AAAAAGUAUCUUAGGGAGUUCUGGAAUGCUGUUCCAGACGAGGACAGAGAUUGGUUAAGUGAUUCUCUGAAUGAUCGGGAGUAUGCAGUCGGUUUAAAGAAACUUAAUGAUAAUACCAAGGAAAACCUGGAGUCAAUGAAAAAGUCCAUAGUAGAACUAUUUACAGAUGAAAACAAUACAAAAGUUGAAUUGCCUUCUUCGUGGGCUUUAAUGGAGCAGUUAUUAUAUGAAGGAGGCUGGAAGGUUUUGACCCUGAGUGAAAUCUGGAAGCUCAACUCAUCUCUUCCUCGGGAAUACCAAAUCAAAAGUGAGGAAGAAAUGUCUAACUUUUUAAAAUGUUUCCAUGACAGUGGCCUUCUUUUGAAUUUUGAAGAAGUGGAAUUGAGGGAACAUGUUAUACUAGAUAUUCAGUGGUUUGCUAAUGCUUUCAGUAAAAUAAUUGCUGAUGAAAACCACAUCAAUAAAGAUUGUCAAACAAAAUUAAUCAAAGAGUGGAAAUCCUUCAACAAAACAGGGGAACUUAAAGAAACAGUUAUAGAUGCUUUGUGGAAAGAUGAACCCUCUUACUUGAAACAUAAAAAUGAAAUUAUGCUAUACAUGGAGAAACUCCAAAUGCUGGUACAUUUGAAUGCAUUUGAGGCUGUAUCAGUAGGUAGCAUGUCAUGGUAUGUCCCGUGUAUGAACAAAAAGCAGUUUAAAGCUGACUUCAGUGAAGAUACAUGGGAAUGUUCAUCCAUUUUGUGCUAUCGAUUCAGUUCCUUUGCUAUGUUUGUGUUCUACAGACUAGUAGCAUACUGCAUAAGUUCUCUAAGAUGGAGUGUUGCAAAAGAUGAAGAUAAUGAAGGAAGUCCAUGUCUUUAUCAAACGGCGGCAGUGUUUGAUCACAAUGAACACACUGUUGUUGUUGGCAUAUGUAAUGAUGAUAUUCAGUUGCAAGUGCUGAGAAUCAAAUCAUUGACCAUAGACAAAGAAGUAUCAUAUGAAAUUGGAAACUCCAUUGAUAAAGGAAUAGGGAAAUUGACAGAAACAUUUAUUGGCACAAAGAUAUUCCUCAGAGGAUUCAAAUGUCAAAACAUUAUUUGUAAUGAGAAUGAUCUUUCUUUUACACUUUCAAGUGAGCUGUCCAAAAUCAAGGCAAAAGAAAUUCAGUGCAAGUGUCAACUUCGGGAGAAACAUGUGAUAAAUGUACAAAAGACACAGGGAUUCUGGGAAAAGAGAGAGUCGAGUGAUUCCAGUACUCCUGUGGCCUCUGGAUAAAACCUAGAAGGCCGGUCUAGAUUUGCAAAACUUGGUAUGGCUACAAAUGAUGUGUUGAAUAAGGCAUACAGAGAUAUUCUAGAAUCAGAAAUUCCUGCAUCUGAUAUUGAGAACAAAGUGGAUUUAUUAUCAAACAAAAAGUUGAAGAGCCUGAAUCUAAACGCAAAUCAAGAAGAACAAUUGAAAAAAGCAAAAAUAUCAGGAUAUGAGGAAUUUGAUAUUUCAUUAACAUACAAAUUGAUAAGAAACAUUUGUUCAAAGAUUCCUAAACCAACAAAAGGAAAAUGGGGAGAAGAGCCUGCAGCAGCAGAGGUGAGAGUGGGUGAUGAUAUCGAAAGAAUUAGGUCAAUACGAAAUAGACUAACUGCACACGUAAGCUCAGCCUCAAUCCCUCAGACAGAAUUCGACGAUACCUGGUCAACAAUGUCAGAUGUCUGCCAAAGACUGGAAACGUUCACUGGUAAAAAGUAUGUGGAUAGUCUUAAAGGUAUUCAGAAACUCGCUCUGAAAGAGGAAGGGGAAGAUGCAAUAAAAACUAUCAUAGAGAAGUUUGUCAAGGAUCAACACGAACUGAUGAAGACAGUUGUGUCAGAUGUUCAAGAAUUAAAGUCUCAGAUGUUGACAUUAAAACGAAAUUGAAGACUGGAAGCGGCCGUUCAGAAAUUAUAAUCUUCAUUAAUAGAACGUUUGUAGGACUAGUAAACAAUGAAUUCUGGAACACUCGGUUGAAGAUGUCGGAAAUCUGCAAUCCACCUGAAAGUUUCAUUUGUGAAAAACCUUUAGUUGAUGAAACAAGAAUAUCAAUUGUCUCAUUUAAAGCCAUCAUUUCGUAAAUUUUAUGGUCGCUACAAUGACCUUGUCAGCAAAUACAAUUUAUCAUUGAGUCAAAUGCUGACUGACGUUUUUCAUACUUAUUAUGAGUCCAUUAUUUACACACUGAGUUGAUGACGGAAUUUUUCCGCUAUUUCACGAUCAUUACAAGGAGCACACGGCGGGUGUGACCGGUCGGCAGAGGAUGCUCACUCCUCCAUGGCACCUGAUCCCACCUCUGAUGUUUUGGAGGUCCGUGUUUGCUCUGCUCUUAUUUUGUAUAUUGUUUAAUGGACUUUGAGAUUGGAUACUGUUCGUUAUCUCCAUAUCCUUAUUGGAUAAGCUUAAUUAUAAGGCUUACCGAAAUAAAGAACAGAUUUAUUUAACAAUUUUUAGCGAAACAUGAGUUCGGCGUCCAACUCUCAGACAAGAUUCAAUGAGAGUGGGCCUUGUGCAUAUGAAUUCUCUUCAGUCGCUAUUUAAUGGAAUAUCACCUGUAUUCAAGCAAUGUUACCAUUGCUACGUUGGAGAUAAUGGCUCUAUCAUUAAUCUGAUAAUGGUGCUUUAACAAAUGUAUAGCAUUAAAUCAGAAUCAACUAAUUUACAUGAAAGUAUUAUAUUGUAGAAUUGUUAAAAUUCAAGAAGCUUUAGAGAAAAUCAAAUAUAAUGUCCUAGAAAUAGAAACAAUAAUCAAUCGUAAGGAAGGAGCUACAGAUUAGGAACUGGUUGAUUAUUGUGUAGAAUAUUAAAGAAUUGCAUGUUUAACUUCAUCUUAUAAGAAUAGAAAGUGCUUGAGAGUUCAUUUUAAGUGAAUGUGUAUCCUAUACUACUUGUACCUACGAGGGUUUAGCUGCAAAAGUUCAAAGUUGUAUGGAAGUGUCGGAUAAGAAGGGAAUAUGUUCAUUCACGAUUGCAUAUUUUUAAAACAGAGAUUAGCGAUCGACCUUUGUUGCUUAUGUUGAUAUGUUUAAUUUAUUUUGCUUGUGUAUUGUAAACUUAA